AUGGCAAAUCGACAUAAAUCGACUUCAAACCCUACCCCCACUUCUAGAGAGACUAUAUCACCGCCGGUCUUCGUCAAGUCGCCUCCAAUCUUUCGGGGGCUCAAUCCAGACGCACCUCCAUUUUUCAAACCUGCGUUUUUACGACCGUCAUCACCUUCGAAACAAUCUUCACCAAGCUUGGAAACCCAAUCGAACGGUACCAACUUUCCUAAACCCCUCAAUCGCGCUCGCUCGACCUCAUCCUUGAAGCCUGAUGUGCAACCAUUCGUCCCUAAAACUUUUGCCAAUAAACUUCGCCAUGUUCGAUCACAGUCUCACCUAAGUGAUCAGUACAAUACGCCUCCUUCCCGUCAAAUUGAUAUCGCUACGGGAGAAACCACCCUCAAGCCGGCUAAAGGACAUUCAGCAUGGCUUGUAGAGCCCUACGACUCGACAUCACCUCCACGUGUUGGUCAACCCUAUGACUCGACACCACCUCCAGGUGUUGGUCAACCCUAUGCCUCAACUUCACAAAGAUUUCAUCCUCGAUCCGGUCUCUUGAACGUUCCUACACCUCAUAAAGCCGAUCGAGUUGGCUAUCGACCUGUGUUGACACCAAGAGGCGCUUCAAUAUCACCCUCACCUUCAUCCCUCCCAUCCAUCCAUGAAGAUCAAAUUUUUCUCGCAUUAUCGUCAAUCGCAUCAGACGACGGUCGACGUAUGCUAAGUGAUCGUCCGAUGGAGUCUCCAUCGCCACCACGUUCACCAUCGCCACCAAUUUCGUUACCACCUCUCGCAGAUUUUCAUAUUCCCGAUCAUGUUCGUGCUAUGUUCUCCAAGGGAGGUGCCCAUGGUCCAUUUCCACCAUACCCAGCUAGCUGGUUUAGAAGCGCAUUCAAACCACCACCUUGGGUAGUUGGAAGUAAGCCGCACGAUCAUGCAGUCAACCCAAAAUGGUCGAGUAGUGAGAGCUCAAAAUCAGCCAAACCUUCCUUCGGCACUCCUAUGCCACCUCGAAAGUUUGGUGCAAAACAAUCUGAGCCUAUUGAAGUUCUCUCAAGCGAUGAUCAACGACCAAAAGCAGCUACUUUCAUCGAAUCGCUUUCGAAAGGCAAACCAAGAGGCGAGCACAUUCACAAUCCAAUUGAAAUAUCUUCGAGUGAAUAUAGCUUUGGUAAUUCCCCGAUCAUACAAGCGCAGCAGAAAAGACUUGUACGCAAGCGAUUAGCAAUGUCUUCGAAUGAUUCGGAUUCUGGUAUAUCAUCAAUACAGAUGAUAGGCAAUCAGAUCGCUGGACCUUCAAGAGUCCCCUUACAGCUCUCACCGGAUACUUCGGAUAUUGAGAUGAAAAGUGGGAAAAGCGAUGUAUAG